GAAACACUAUCCCCACAAGCAAACCCCAUCAUCUCCCUUCUUCUUCUUCUUCUUCCACUUCCCUUUGUAACUUUCAAUCUCAGCUAAUAUCAAGUAACGUGGAAAGGAUUUGUUCCGUCAAAGGUUGGUGAUUAUACAGAGACUGAGUUCCUGAUAAGUUGGAUUGAGCUUGUUUUCAUUUGCGGAUCUUUGAGAAAAAAGUUUGCAACUUUAUGGCUCUGGAACAACAACAUGUUUGUGAAAAGCGGCUUCAAGCCAAGACCUUUUCUACCCAAGAGUUUCAGUUGACUCUCAAUUGGGAUGAUUUAACUUGUCCCAUUUGUUUGGAUUUCCCUCACAAUGGUGUGCUUCUCCAGUGUUCUUCUUACGGAAACGGUUGCCGUGCUUUUGUCUGCAAUACUGAUCACCUUCACUCUAACUGUUUGGAUCGUUUCAUUAGCGCCUGUGGUACUGAAUCACCUCCUGCUCCUGAUGAGCCUCGCUCUAAGGUUUUAGAAGAGAGUUGCAAACCUGUGUGUCCACUGUGUAGAGGAGAAGUUACUGGCUGGCUUGUUGUAGAAGAAGCUCGUCUUCGUCUUGAUGAGAAAAAACGUUGCUGUGAGGAAGAACGAUGCAGGUUUAUGGGUACUUACUUGGAGCUUCGCAAACAUGCUCAGUCAGAGCAUCCGGAUUCUCGUCCUUCAGAAAUUGAUCCAGCACGGAAGCUUGACUGGGAGAAUUUCCAGCAGUCGUCUGAAAUAAUCGACGUGUUGAGCACAAUUCACUCAGAAGUUCCAAGAGGAGUGGUUUUAGGGGACUAUGUGAUCGAAUAUGGAGAUGAUGACACAGGAGAUGAAUUUGAGGAUGUUCCCAACAAUGAAGGAAACUGGUGGACAUCUUGUAUUCUCUAUCAAAUGUUUGACAAUAUAAGGAAUGCCAGGAAUCGAAGAAGAUCAAGAAUGAGUGAGAGUAGGAGAGGGAGUCGCCGCUCUAGCUAUGAGAAUUCCAACUCUGAUGACAGCUCAGUAGCAUCCAUAGAGUUUCCGGAGUAUAGAGUAGAUGAGAUCGAUGACGAGUUCAUCAGCACAAGUGGAGCUAACAGAAGUAGCUCUAUGCACCAAAGUUCAAGAAGGCGUCGAACCCGCUUCUAUGAAAAUUAGGUAUUAACCUUCUGUUUCUAUGCUUUUGGUACUGUCUUCUUGUGAAUCUGUAAUGUUCCUUUUCGUUCUUUCUCAGUCAGCUGGAAAAUGAAGCGAAGCAAAUGAUGCAGACCAGCCUAUUUGUAGCCAGUGUUCUUGGUUUUGGACCUCUUUCUUCUUUUUCUUUUUGUUUCUACACAUAAAUUUUAUUUUAGGUUUGUCUUGUGACAUUACUCGCAGCAGUCGCAGCCUUUGUACAAAAACUAAACAAAAAGCCUUUUUGGGAUAUUGUAGUACCCUUUUGUCGUUGUCUCUUCUUUGUUUUACAUGCAUCUCUGGACAAUGUAGAUAUUGAGAGUAAAUCAGAAGUCAACGUUCGUGU